AUUGCCGUACGAGGUCCUCGUGAGCCUACCCACGCUCCUUCCUCUUCCCCGUCAGAUCGCUCAAACCAUUCGGAGAAACUGUACCACCAAUUUCUCUUUUCAUUCUUCGAUUCUCGCAAUUAAGCUCAUAAUUCUUCUACCCAUCUCCAGUUUCGACCAAAUUGUUCGGACGUUUUCCGAUCGUAAGGAAGUUGUAGAAGUUGGUGAAUGUAACUAUGGGUAGCAGCGAGGCAGAUAAGUCGGCUAAAGAGAAGGAGCCUAAGACACCGCCUUCUUCAGCUCCUGCUACUUCACAGGAGCCGUCUUCUGCUGCUACUGCUGGCAUGGCAACUCCAGAUUGGUCGGGUUUCCAGGCUUAUUCUCCUAUGCCGCCUCAUGGUUUUGUGGCAUCAAGUCCCCAAGCUCACCCUUAUAUGUGGGGGGUGCAACAUAUGAUGCCUCCUUAUGGAACACCACCUCAUCCUUACGUUGCAAUGUAUCCUCCAGGUGGCAUAUAUGCUCAUCCUUCGUUACCUCCGGGAUCUUAUCCAUUUAGUCCCUAUGCAAUGCCUUCUCCAAAUGGAAUUGCCGAAGCCUCCGUGAGCGGCAUUGAGGGUGAUGCUAAACAAUCUGAGGGGAAGGAAAAAUUGCCUAUUAAAAGAUCAAGAGGAAGCCUGAGCAGUUUGAACAUGGAUAUUGGAAAGAACAUUGAGCCUGGACAGACCUCAGGGGCGUCAGCUAAUGGAGUUUAUUCCAAAAGUGCUGAGAGCGCAACAGAGGGUACAAGUGAAGGAAGUGACUCCAACUCUCAAAAUGAUUCUGGAACUAGACAAGAUUCAAAAGAAGCUGAAGCAGCAUCACAAAAUGGUGGUUCUGGUCAUGGCCUGCAAAAUGGAAGUGCGACUGCAGCUCUGGUAACGACCGUGCCAAUCAUGCCAAUCUCGGCUGGUCCAACCACAAAUUUAAACAUCGGGAUGGAUUAUUGGGGCGCUCACACUUCACCCUCUAUUCCCGGAAUGCAUGGGAAGGUUUCUUCUGCUCAAGUUCCAGGAGUUGUUGCUCCCGGCUCGCGAGAUGGUGCCCAGUCACUAGUCUGGCUACAGGAUGAAAGAGAGCUUAAGCGACAGAGGCGGAAGCAGUCAAACCGAGAGUCUGCUCGUAGAUCCAGAUUGCGUAAACAGGCGGAAUGUGAUGAGCUGGCACAACGAGCUGAGACGUUAGUUGAAGAAAACACAAAUCUUAGGACAGAGGUUAACAAACUCAAGAGUCUGUGCGAAGAGCUUCUUGCCAAGAACAGCUCCCUUAAGAAUCAACUUAUGGAAUUCCCUUCCCUCAAAGGCGUAAACUCAGACAGGAAUGACCAAGAACCAAACAACACCACCACAGACCGGGAUGUUCAGACGAACGUCACCAAUGGUGGCUCUUAGAACAACCAUUUCCGCAAAUGAAGGUAUGAAGUUGCAAUGCAAUGGCAUUUCUCCGGCACCCUCUGUCAGUUAUGUUCUGACGGACAAAAGAGGUUUCGUAGUAGAUUUUAGGAAUCCACCCAUGAUCGAAUGGUUCUUUAGUUCUUUAAGCUUUUUCUGAUGUAAUGAAUGACGAGAGGAUGGUGAGUGUGUGUAAGUAGGAACUAGGAAGUAGUAUUAGUGGAUAUAGUUUUAACUUAGAAAAAACAGCAAGCAGUCGACGCUUAUUUGAGUUAAAUAACGUGCAUUUCUAAAACUUGGAAGAAAAAAAAGCCGACAGCCGGCUUCUGGAGGAGUGAACCGCAGCUUUGGUGUUUGGAUGUAGUAAAAACGUUUGACAAAAUAUGUUAUAUAAAUAUAUCAAUUUACAAUGCA